AUGGCCGACGUAAGGUCCCUUCUGAAGAACGAAAGAGCUGCACGGCGAAUACAGCACCAGCAUGCAAGCUACUUGACAGGCGGGCUGUCAUGUACGAUCUGUCACCUCCAAAUGAAGGAUGCACUCUGGGAUGCACACCUACGAUCUACUGGGCAUAUGAUGCGAGUUGAGACGGAAAGUACUUCAAAGAAGCGGAAGGCCACCGAUGAGGAUGGAGAGGACACAAUUAGAAAGCGAAGCAAACCUGCCAACGGUCUUCCUGAUGGAUUCUUUGACGGACCUGGCGAGACUAUCGAGAUGCCUUCACGACCAGCAACACCCUCGAAGCCGGUAGCCAAGGUUGAUGAGGACGAAUGGGCUGCGUUUGAGGCGGAUAUUGCUACAGCCGAGGAGGAGAUGAAGCAAGCAAACGAUGCGGUGAUCUCAGCACCAGCGAUAAUGGCGGCAGACGUUGCGAAGGAGGAGAUUGCUGCGUUGGACGUUGAAGCAGAGAAGGAGGACGCGGCAAGGAAGUUGGAAGAAGAAUUAGAGGAGAUGGAGAGUUUGGAAGCAAGAGUCAAGAGGCUGAGGGAGAAAAGAGAGGAGUUGAGGAAGAGGGCAGUGAUACCAGUGGUUGUUGCAGAACCGGAUGACGAUGGAGAGGAUGAUGAUUAUGACGACGAGAUUGAUGAUGGUUUAGGGAUAUACUGA